UCCUCAGGAACCUCCACAAAACCACAGGCUCUCGCCGGGCCUGCCGCCCCCAGGGAGCCGACAGGAUGGCUGAGGGCAAGACUGGCGGUGCCGCCGGCCUCUUUGCCAAGCAGGUGCAGAAGAAGUUCAGCAGGGCCCAGGAGAAGGUACUGCAGAAGUUGGGGAAAACUGUCGAAACCAAAGAUGAACGAUUUGAACAAAGUGCCAACAACUUCUACCAUCAACAGGCAGAGGGCCUCAAGCUAUACAAGGAUCUGAAGAACUUUCUUAGUGCAGUCAAAGUGAUGCAUGAAAGUUCAAAGAGAGUGUCAGAAACCCUGCAGGAGAUCUACAGCAGUGAGUGGGACGGUCAUGAGGAGCUGAAGGCCAUUGUAGGGAAUAAUGAUCUCCUUUGGGAAGACUAUGAAGAGAAACUGGCUGACCAGGCUUUGAGGACCAUGGAAAACUAUGUGGCCCAGUUUGGUGAGAUUAAGGAAAGAAUCGCCAAGCGGGGUAGGAAACUCGUGGACUAUGACAGUGCUCGACACCACCUGGAGGCGGUACAGAAUGCCAAGAAGAAAGAUGAGGCCAAGAUCGCCAAGGCAGAUGAAGAGUUCAACAAAGCUCAGCUUGUGUUUGAAGAUCUGAACCAGGAACUGCUAGAGGAGCUCCCUGUUCUUUAUAAUAGUCGUAUUGGCUGUUAUGUGACCAUCUUUCAAAACAUUUCCAACUUGAAGGACGUCUUCUACAGGGAAAUGAGCAAGCUAAACCACAAUCUCUAUGAAGUGAUGAGCAAACUGGAAAAGCAACAUUCCAACAAAGUCUUUGUGGUGAAGGGACUACCAAGCAGCAGCAGACGCUCUUUAGUCAUCUCUUCCCCAGUUCGGACAUCUGCAGCCUCCAGCCCUCUCACCUCACCUACCAGUCCCUCUGCACUCUCCUUGACGAGUGAGAGGGACUCCACCUCAGCAAGUGAAGAAGAGCUAGCAUCUGAUCUAGCCCAGGGAGAAAACAACUCGGAGAUUAAAGAAGAGCCUUUAAAAGAAAAGGAAAUAGAAGAAGAAGAGGCUAAAGCAAGCUCCUCUGAGGAGGGAGAGCCUCAGCCAGCCUGCAAUGGCCCUACCCAGGCCCAGCCCUCUUCUACCACUGAGGGUGGCGAGACCCAAGAGAAGGAUCCCCCUGGCUCCCCAACUCCAUCCCCAGACAGAGCCCGAAUCCCUUCAGAGCAGUCUUCAUCUUUCCCAGAGGUUGUUCUCCGAACCCGAACCUCAAGUGAAGGGUCUGAACAACUGAAGAAGAGAGCCUCUAUCCAGAGGACCUCAGCACCCCCUAAUAGGCCUCCUCCACCCAGAGCCACUCCCAGCCCUAGGACCUCCACGGGGAACAUACCCUCCAGUCCUACAGCUUCUGAACAGGGUUCACCCACUAGCCCCAGAGCCUUCUUGGGGGCUGGGACCCCAAGUCCUAGUCCUAGGGCCACUUCGGAGGUUUCUCUUGAUCCACAGCCACCAGAGAAGCCAGUUAGAACUCCUGAGGACAGAGAAAAGGAAAACAUCGACAAUCUGAACCCAGAACUUUGUACUUCCCCCACCUCAAUGAUCCCUCAGGUUUUUUCAGAGUCUGACAAGGCAAGUAAGAUGGAAGACAAGGAAGAGAACAAUAAGUUUAUCUCGGCUGACUCCCCUGAGAGCCAGAGUCUCCAACCUCAUGUCUCUGUGGUUCCAGAAGACAGCAACGCCACAGCACCUGAGCCUCAAGAAGAGGUAUCUACAAUUCAAAGUGCACAACUCUGAAGAGGAACUCUCAAGACCUCCCACAUACACACACCUCCCAGAGAAACUCCUCAGAGGAUAUAUAAGUCACAGGAACUUAAGAUCCAAUAUUCAUUUCUAGGUUCUCAAGUACGGGUGCUGGUGGUCUCUAAAGACCUAGCAUUAAUGGAGGCUGAGAAGCAGACUUGGGGGAGAAAGGGAGGCAGGCAGGCUUGGGAGAGGAGAUCAUUAGACUCAGGGAAUAUUUAAUUCAGGUUUUAGCAUUGUUAUAAUAAUAAGACAUUAUAUAUUAAUUAAAGCGGGGCUAAAAUGACUAUAACAAGCAAAAGCAUUUAUAGAUUCACACACAACUCAGAGAACAGGAAACAAAUCUUUGAUUACCUCUCAUUUUUCAAGACUUAAAUCCAAAGGAACAUAUUUUCAAAUUGUUAAAUAAAGCAAUAUUCUAUGUAUGGAUUCAUUGUUUGACACAGGGAGGUUGUCCCAUCCCAGCACACUGUUCUCCAUGUAGACAAGGUUAUUGAUUCUACCCUAGGUUCAGAAAGCUUUAAUCAUAUCACUGACCUCCAGCUCACCUGACAUCCUAGCUAUAACUAUUUGAUGAUGCUAUGGGCCACAGGCUCCUCAAUUUAGAUACCCUUGGAAAGGAAUUACAUUUUAGAGCAAUAUCUAGGGUUUAUAGUCUGGUACUUGGUAUAAGUAAGGAUAUGAGCAGAAUGGAAGAAUAAGUGGCACUCCAAAUGAAGGGAAAGGAUACAAAGUAUAAUAUUAUAAUGGAAAUGGUAUAGAAUUGAGAAUCAGAAGUCCUGGAGUCAAGUUGUAUCAUUUGCUUCUGUGAAAACAUUAAAAGCUAACUGAAGUCUUGCCAUCCUGAUAAACCUGGACACAAGUAAAUGCUCAUUGGUCCAUCUUUGCUUCUGUUUCUAAGGGUGAUGGAUAAUGUCACCUUUUGUUCAGUCAUUCAGCAAGCAUUUAUUGAGUACUUGCUCUGUACCAAGCACUCCUGGGAACUAGAGAAAUAAUGAUGAGUAGAAAAAGUAAGAACCAUAUAUUGACGGAAUAUUAAGCAGAGAGAAGAAUGGGCAGGAUUUAGCAAUGUGUUAGAAGAGGACAUAUGAUGAAGACUCAAAUACUAAAGAAUUAUUCUAGGUUAGGCUUGACAGACUAGAAUUUGAUGGUGCCAUCCCCUAAAAUGGUGACUGUAGGAGGAAGUGCAUUGUAUGUGGGUUCUCUAUUUGCAAACAACAAACUGACACAAUUAUGUUCAAAGGAUAUUAGGCAGCUCAUAGAACUGAAAGAACAACCAUGCUGUAGAAAGGACAAGAACCAGCCCGGAUGUCUGUAACAGGAAUGUGUGGAUUGCCCCUUUAGGCAGCUGUCAUUGGAAGACUUUGCUUCAGCCACUCUGCCACUGUGUUCUUUCCAGAUCCGGAUACCUUGGAGAAAGAAUCUGACUGGGCCCAGUUUGGGGGGGAGGCAUGAUAGUAUCUACAAGGAAGACCAGCCCUGGCCGGUUUGGCUCAGUGGCUGGAGCAUCGGCCCGCAGUCCAGAGAGGCCUGGGUUUGGUUCCCGCUAAGGGCACG